GAGGGAUCAGAGAGGAAGGAGGAAGAACAACCGGAGGGAAAACAGAAGGACGGCCAUACAUGGACAUGGAGUAAGGACCGCCUGACGCCUCCUCCUCCUCCUCCUCGCUCUCCAACACAGAGCUGCUGUAUCUCCUCCAUCGCCACCACUAAUGCCCCUCUGACAGAGAGACAGACAGAGAGACAGACAGAGAGACAGACAGACAGACAGACAGACAGACAGACAGAUACAGUAAGACAGAGGCAGAUAAAGGGAAGUUAGAGAGGCAGAAACAGCAGCAGAGGCAGAAGGAGCCAGAGAGGAAGAGGAAGAGGAAGGCUGCACAUCCAUAAUCUCCACUUAGAGGCCGCCCGGCCCGUUCUGUCUAUCUUGCAACUUCAGGAACCAUCAUCACAAUUUAAUAAGAAUUUGAAAGGCUGCGGCGCUGCAACAAAUCUGUCUUCAGAGGCAGAGAGGGCGGGCCGAGAGAGAGACAGACAGACAGACAGACAGACAGACAGACAGAGAGAGAGAGGUGGAGGCCAGACACAAAUCUUUUAACUCCUUCCUGCCUGGAUUUAUAUCUUUGUUUCUUUUGUUGAGGAGUCCCUGCAGAAAUAAAGCUGUGAUUAUUAUUUCACACAUGUUGAGCUGCUGUGAGACUCUGAGGCUCAGUUUCAUGUUUCCUACCUGGAGAGUCUGAGCUGUGAAGACGAGCAUCUCGUUAUUUAGGACUGAGCGUUUCCUGUCGACUGAAACUUUGUCACCUGGAGAUUAUUACUGCUCAGAGUUUCUGGGUUUUAAAGGAGCACCUAACAGGCCAGCUCUGCUUUUAUUUUGGCGGGCAACAGGAAGGACGUGAUAAACUCAUCAGAAUCAAAAACGGGCCACAUACCUGUCAGAUGCAUCGUCUUUCUCGCUCCUUUACGGCAUUUUUUUCAUGGCUUGACACCUAACUGCCAUCUGGCCCCUCCCACCGCCCCUCCUCCCCCCAUCCUCCCCCGUCAACAUGUCUGCCCACCUCCGCUCUUGCCGCCACGACCACUCCAGGAAAUCAGGGCAGGACAAGAAGUGAGGAUUCAGUUGACUUCCCUUCAUUAGCUCCACCGUCCAACCAGAGGACAGAACUCGACUCUGUACAGGUGGGACGCACUGAUGCAAGAUGGCAGCCGGUGUGGCGACGUGGCUGCCGUUUGCCCGGGCUGCGGCCGUGGGCUGGCUGCCGCUGGCCAAGAAGACGAUGCCCAAGCCUCCCGUGGACAACUCGUCCAGAUCAGAUGAGAUCCUGUACGUCAACGUCAGCGGGGUCAGGUUUCAGACAUGGAAGAACACUUUGGAUCGAUAUCCAGAGACGCUGCUGGGCUCUUCAGAGAAGGAGUUUUUCUACAACGAGGACACGCAGGAAUACUUCUUCGACCGAGACCCCGAAAUGUUCCGGCACAUUCUCAACUUCUACCGCACCGGGAAGCUCCACUACCCGCGGAACGAGUGCAUCCAGGCCUUCGACGAAGAGCUGGCCUUCUAUGGUAUCGUGCCAGAGAUCAUUGGAGACUGCUGCAUGGAGGAAUACCGGGACAGGAAAAAGGAGAACCAGGAGCGUCUGGCGGAGGACACGGAGGCCAACGAGGCGAUGGACGCGCCCCUCCCUCCACACAGCACCUCCAGGGAACGUCUGUGGCGAGCCUUCGAGAACCCCCACACCUCCACCAUGGCGCUGGUCUUCUACUACGUCACCGGCUUCUUCAUCGCCGUCUCUGUCAUCGCCAACGUGGUGGAGACGGUCCCCUGCCGGCCCCCCAAAGGCAGCGUCAAAGACCUUCCCUGCGGGGAGAAGUACCAGCUGGCCUUCUUCUGCAUGGACACGGCCUGCGUGCUCAUCUUCACCUUCGAGUACCUGAUGCGUCUGUUCGCCGCGCCCAGCCGCUGCAAGUUCAUGCGCUCGGUGAUGUCGGUGAUCGACGUGGUGGCCAUCAUGCCCUACUACAUCGGCCUGGUGAUGCCCGAGAACGAGGACGUGAGCGGCGCCUUCGUCACCCUCCGAGUCUUCCGCGUCUUCCGGAUCUUCAAGUUCUCGCGUCACUCGCAGGGUUUGAGGAUUUUGGGCUACACACUAAAGAGCUGUGCCUCCGAGCUCGGCUUCCUGCUCUUCUCCCUCACCAUGGCCAUCAUCAUCUUCGCCACCGUCAUGUUCUACGCCGAGAAGGGCACCAAGGGCUCCACCUUCACCUCCAUCCCGGCCUCCUUCUGGUACACCAUCGUCACCAUGACCACGCUCGGGUACGGUGACAUGGUUCCCAACACCAUAGCAGGGAAGAUCUUCGGCUCCAUCUGCUCUCUCAGCGGCGUGCUGGUGAUCGCCCUGCCGGUGCCCGUCAUCGUGUCCAACUUCAGCCGAAUCUACCACCAGAACCAGAGAGCGGACAAGAUGAGAGCGCAGCAGAAAGUGCGUUUGGCUCGGAUCCGCAUGGCGAAGAAAGGAACAGCCAACGCCUUCCUCCAGUACAAAGAAGACCGAGCCCUCGGGGACCGGGACAGCGACAGCACGGCUCUGUGUGUAAAGAACAGAUCAGCGUUUGAGCAUCAACACAACCACCUGCUUCACUGUCUGGAGAAGACCACGAACCACGAGUUCACUAACGAGAUGAACUACAGCGAGCUGUGUAUGACCGAGUCGGUGGGCUACAGGACCAGUCGCAGCACCUCCCUGUCCAGCCAGCAGGGGGCGCAGAAUAACUCCACUGGCUGCUGCCCCCGCCGGGCCAGGAGGAGAGCCGCCAUGCGACUGGCUAACUCCACGGUGUCCGUCAGUCGGGGGAGCGUCCAGGAGCUGGACACCCUGCACAUCAAGACCACCUCCAUACCACCACAAACUCGUUCCAGUCUGAACGCCCAGAUGGGUGACCUGAAGCUGAACUGCGGAGAACAAGAUUUCACCGCUGCCAUCAUCAGCAUCCCCACGCCGCCCGCCAACACGCCUGACGAGAGCCUCCCUCCAUCGCCUGCCCCCAUCCCCGGCAUCCUGCGCAACACCCGGGCCACCGCCUACACCCAUGACACCGUCAAAAUCUCCUCCUUAUAACCUCCGACCUCCUCCGCGACCUCCUCCUCGACACCCACCCUGCCGCCCCGUCAGCCAACCUCCCCAUGAACUCUGAACUUCCUUUGAACUUCUGAUCCUGAACCCAGGGCGCUGCUUGCUGAGACUUUGGGGACAAACACGACUCAGGUGGAAACUUUGAGUACUGCUGGUUGUUUUCACUUCCUGUCACCAUCCUGUGAAUUUACAUGAGACGAACAGAGAUGGAGACAAAAAGACUUUGAGAACAGGACACAAAGCAGCUGCUAAAAUCAAAGGCAAUGAAUUCUGAAAAAAGAACGAUAAUUGUUCUCCUGAAGACGUUCCUAAGUCGUACGAACCCCCCCCUCCCCCCCCUGCAUUUUAGCCCAACACGCACUUCUUCCUGCACAGUCCCCACCCUGAGUCUCAUUGCACAAACCUGGGAGGGUUCAUCCAGGACGACCAUGGAGAAGACGCCAACACGUUCAGCAUCCCAAGACCAGCUGACAGGUUGGAUUUGAUGGGUCCAUUUUGCGUCCCCACAAAACAUGAUGCUUUAGAAGAGGGAAACCAAAUCACAGCCGGGGACGAUGGUCCUAUAUUUUAGUCUAAACCCGGCGUGAGCAGCUUGAGAGGUCUUACUUUUAGAAAGAGACGCCGACUUGUUGAUCAGAGGAACUGCCAACUGCCGCAGGAUCAUUCAGACUCAGCUGAUUUAAUGUCAGACUCAUCUGUGAUGGAAAAAGACGUGACGGAGACGAUCUGUAGACGACCAAACAACCCUCAGCGACUUCAGAAGCCGUGGCUACAAACCUUUGAUUCUUCAGAUGUUGGUUGUUGUGGGGAGUCGAUACGGCUCAAACAUGUGUACGGAUUUGGAUUUGGUUUCUUUUCUUUACAGACUGAGUGAACACGCUGCUCAGCUGUGUGAAGCGUUGGACGUAUUUUACCUGAAAGGUUAAAGGUUGUAGGUUUGAACCCCGACAGAGAGGAUGAAGGAUGAAACUGAAGUUUGUACAGACGAUCUCUUCACUGGCUCGAAUUCAGCAGCUGAAUCCACUUCAGGUCACAUUUUAAGGAAAUCUGGAACAAGAAGACUUUGUCAGAAUCCAAGAGGUGAAGGAACCUGUAAAUGUUUGAGUGAUGAUCCAGACGCUGCUGAAACACACGAACCGAACUCAUCUGGGUUUAACUGAUCUAUGCUGAGCCUGAACACUGUUCACACAACGUCACUGAGCUGGUCUGAGCUGGUCUGAGCAGCGCUGGACUUACCUGGUUUUUCUAAACGGGACUGUAGAGAGGAAAGGGUUAACUGAGGGUUAACUGUGGACUGACGUGGACUCUUCUGGUCUGGCUGUAGCUCAGAGGUGUUUGUCAGUGUAACGCUGACGUCCAGACUAGGAACGAAAGCCUUUUACUUUACAAAAUAUGCAACAUUACAACAAGCAGGAAAAUAGCAUCAAGAAAUGAAGAGAAUAAUAAUAAUACCAAUAAUAAUGUGUGUGUUAUUAAACUACAGUAAUUAUUGCAGGGAACAUUAAUGUAAAGCAACUAAGAAACUCAUUUGUUGUGUGAUCUUUUCAGUGAGAGAGAGAACACAACAAGUAUUCUGCAAUAGAUUUAAACAGGAAGAGGAAACGCAACGCCACGAGCUCCUCAGCGGUAAAGUCACGUUUGUCCUGAUGACGUGCACUCUGGGAAAAAAAAAGGUCGUUUUUAACAUGUUGAUGACGGCGGUUUGGAUCCACGUGCAGACGCUUCACAAUCACCUCAGUCUUAUUUAUCGUUGAUGCUCAGUAACUUCAGCAGAGUCUUAACAUGAAUCCAGACCCAGAACUAAUAUGCAGAUAGAUCAUAUUUAACCUCGUUCAAACAGAUGAUUAUAAUGUUACUGUUAUGUUGUUAGCACCACAAUAUGGCUGCCACUUUACAACAACAAGAACCAGAAUGAGCCCACACAGGUGACAUUGAUCAGUCCUGGUGCCUCUGUCACUGAUGGAAACUGAGGAUAACAAAAGUACAGAAACAUAAAUAAUAAAUAAUAAUUUAUCAUGACAGUAAACUGAACCAAAGUUAGGAGAACCAGGUGGAGGUGUGCUCCAGGACCGUCUCUGUCAUGAAGAAAAGUGUCAGCACAUCGAGAGAAGAGACGAACUUCAGGCACUCGUGUGGAGCAGAAACAAAUUUACUUGCUUUUAUUAAAACAACGUGGCUGCUUACAUUAAAACAGCGACCGGUUGGUCCUGCUCCACGCACGAAUGUCUGAAGUUCAUCUUUCCUCCCCGCUUACCUGAAACACUUCUCUGACCUUUGGGGCGCCGCCGCUGAUGCUGAGAUGAGAUAACACUGUGGUUAGCGUGUCGUGAGGUGAAGGUACAAAAACACCUUGGUUAUGAUUCUUGGGACGCAGCGCUCCAGAUUACAAACUGUUAAAGAACGACUGCUCUCCGUGAUGACAUGUCGCUAAACAACAGGCACGUGUGGUGCUUAUAAAGCUGCUGAAGAAACAGUGAUGACACUAAAUCUCAACCUGUCUUGUUGCUGCAGAAACAUGGCGCCCACCCUCCGGUCUCCCCUCAGGUCACCAUGGUGAUAAAACAGCCUCAUUUUGAGCCUCAGAAGCCCUUUAACAUUUUUAACUGAGUUAUAGUCUUGAAAACUAUGUUGAAGAUGUUUCGUCAACAACCUUUUUCAUGAUGAAAACGAGACAAUGAGCUAAAAAUAGAUCUCUUGUGGGGUCAUAGCGCCGAAUGAGUGAUGCUGCCAGCUCCGCCCGAACCAGGCUGGCGCCCAGUGCAGGAAACGAUGGAGCAGAAAGAUUAACCUGCAGAUCAGAGGUCGGCAAACUGCAGAGAAACAAAUAACAGUAGAUAUAUUUAUAUUCUUACAUUAUCCCACUGUAAUGCACCAAACUGAAAAAAAAAAGUUUGAACAUUUCAUAAACUAAAUGUGCGUCGUAUGUCUGCAGCCUGGCGCCUUGUCCGCUAAAUGUUGCUGAACCUCAACAGCGUCGUCUCGUCUCGAGUCUCUCCACCUCGGCUGUCGAUUCCAAAAGUCUCUGAGGAAAACUUAAAUAGUGCAUCGACAGAUUCGUUUGGUUUCACGUUUAAGUCCCAAAUAAAUGAGCUGUAAAGAGACGCCACCUCUUUGUAAAACAACACAACACAGAGUGCACGCCGUCGGCCGCGCCUGACUCAGCUGCGAGAAUUUUGGCGAAGCAUUUCCUCGACCAUCCAGAAGCGAGUGUGAGUGAGUGACACGCAGACGGAGACAGACGUACAUACUGUAACAUAUUUUGUAUCAUAAACUUUCACCUGCAUCUUCCAAUCAAAUCCUCAAACCAAAAAAAGAAAAAGAAAUAAAAAAAGAUAGAGAUGGAAGUCGCCGGGUGUCAGAGCGGCGUUCCUCCGUGCAUGAGCCUCGUACAGUAGAAGUAGCACUACUGAUCAUAGGAACUUAUCAACCAUAUCAGAGAAAAAAAAAGCUAGGAAGAAAAAACACACACAAACACAACGGGGGAAAAAUCUCAUCAUCCGUUCUUUUGCAUGACGACUCUUGUUUUCUCCUCCUAUCAACCAUCGUUUGUUUCCUCAUCCUCCCCGAAACUUUUCAAGACGAGUGUUUGCACCACCUGACGUGUACGUUAGAAUUAAACCCAUUAUAUAAAUGACUUUCAAAAUAAAAAUCAUUCAGGCAUGUUCCUCGCCAGAAUGCAAAGUGUGUGUGAACGGGCGGGUGUGUGUGUGCGUGUGUGUGUGUGUUGGUGUGAAUGUGUGUGUUUGUAUGAUGAGCAGUCACAAAUAUGCAUGGAUACCGUUAUAGGUAUUUUAUCUGUUUUCUCCUGCAGUUUAAAGAGUCAAUGAGAGGAGGCGCAACACACCACCGUCUGUUCACUGGAGCCACCUGUGUCUCUGUGUCUCCGCUUUAUUUUAUGAAAUGUGUCUCAUAUAAAUCUGUCACUGAGUCUUAGUGUUUGACUCUGUUGUGCAGCUGUGAUUAUCAGAGGUGAGAGCGAGUCAGUGUUCUGCAAUUCACGAGUGAACCUCAAGUCUUUGUAGUCAAGUCCCAAGUCCUGGACUAGUCAUAAUGAGCUCCUCACCAAAUGUAACGCCGUAUUAAAUUUACUUUUUAAAAUGUCUAUGAAUGAGUUAAAACAAGUUACUGAGCUGUUAAGCUAACGGUAGCUUAGCAUCAGCUCACUCAGUCUGUUGAUAUCAGCCUCGUCCUACGACUCUGUGUGUAACUUCACAUGUUGAACAAAGUUGGCAGUUGUUGCGUCUUCGUCUCGCACAUUUUUCUUUACUACAGUUUGUUUGUUUGCUGUCGGCCAACAUGUUUUUGUUUGUCAACAAAAUUCUCUUUUGUAUAUUUUUUUCUAGCUGGAGUUCAUGAACAUUAUGUGAUGAUGUCGUGUUAACUUGAUUUGAUGCUGUCAGACAUCUUAACAACUUUUUUUUGUUGUUGUUGUUGGACAAUAUAAUAAUUGUGUAGGACAAUAUAAUCAUUUAUUUUUCUGACAUUUUAACAUUUUUUUGACAUUUUGCUAAUUUUUCUUUCUUAAGCUGGGGGAAGUGACUCGUAUUUUCAGGUCAAAAGGCUCAAGUCCAGGUGAAGUCACGAGUCAUUGGUGUUGGAGUCCAAGUCGAGUUGCAAGGUCUGUUUUAUUUCAUCAAGUCGAGUGUAAAGUCAUCAAAUCUGUGACCCAAGUCGACUCAAGUCCAAGUCAUGUGACUCGUGUUCACACCUCUGAUAAUUAUAAUAAUUUAUAACUUCAAACGAUCCGUCAAAGACCUUAAAUUAUUCAUAUUUCUUUUUAAUUGAUAAUAAGAAUUAUAUAGAAUAUUGAAACUGUAAUUGCACAAUAAAUUAAAUCAUGUCCUCUUUGGGCUUCCGUACAAACUGUUUCAGCUUUAAUUUGUUUAGUUUAGAGGUUUUUUUGUUUCCAGACAAAGAGAGGAGAUGCUGCUGAGUUGUUUAUUUUUUUGUUCUUCAUUAAUCAGCCAGCAGUAUUUUUAUUUUAAUGUUCUGCGUCGUGAAGCUGUUGUUUAUUUUAAAUUGUUAAAUUUAAAUGAAGUCACUGAUUCUUUAAAUUUAUUUUUGGUUUUGUUUUUCCGACUUGAUGAACACAGAGAGGCUGAACUGUGACACUGAACGACUGGGAGUGGUGGUUUUACUGGACCUUACUGGGAUGGUCUGUUUCUGCUGCUCUCACACUCUCGAUUCGAGUUGAUUAUUGAUCUGAUGUUUCUUGGGUUAAUGAGUUUGAACUGUUUCAUCAGCUGAAAGACAUAAAUAUUUUCAGUCACAAGUUGUUUAAAAUCAGAGAGCUGCCUGUAGCAUUGUAAAGUUUGUAUUCAUGCUCACUGAUCACCAUGAUCUGCUCUCAGAGUUAUUAUUGAUUAUCUUUGCGUCAUGUGAUGAGUCACUGAAGUUUUUUGGGGGAUGAAGCUGUUUUAUUUUAUAUCGUAUUUUGUGCAUAAAAUCAGGGACGGGUUCAUAAUAAUGACGCUGAGAUAAUAUUGAUCAUAAUUCAGAGUAUUGAUCAUCAGCUGUGAUUUUAAAAUGUUACAUGUGACAUAACAGCUGAAAAGUUGAUGGAAAAAAUUACAGUCACAUGACACAGCUGUCCUCUGUUGACCUUUGACCCCUUAAAACAAAGCAGUGUGACCCCUCCCUGUGGUUCCACUGGUCUCCCAGUGUGACCAGUUAAACCAAAGACUGAUUUUUUUCAAAAGAAAAUCUGUGUAGUAAAAAUCAGACUGACGUGUCCAGGUGUGACCUGUCGACGGCGUCCAGGUGUGACCUGUCGACGUCGUCCAGGUGUGACCUGUCGACGGCGUCCAGGUGUGACCUGUCGACAGUGUGGAGUUCAUCACUGAGCGAUGUUUUGAUGUGGAGGCAUGUUGAGCUGCUCUCAAACCGUCUGACAGCUGUUUUUAUUAGAUCUGAUUUUAAUGUGCUGUCCAUCUUUUCAUCUGAGGUGGUGUUUGUGCAUCUGCAGAGCGGCUGUCGUCUCAUCUGAAGUUUAACUCUUUAAAUCGAAGCACACGUGUCUGAUGGCGAGCAGACAAACUGACGUAAUGAUAAAUGAUGAGCGCAGAUGAUGAGCAGCACCUCAGAUGUUUGACGUCCAGUGAACUGAUGGAGGUGUGACGUCUCAGAGAGAGUGAGGCGUGAUGAAUGAAUGAAUGAAGGAGAAAACAGCAUUAAAGCACAGAGGUGUAUAUUCCAUUCCACUAAUAAAGACAACAGAA